UUUCCCAUCACAAUUAACAAAAUUAGGGUUAGGGUUUUACACUUUCAUCACCACCAUGGCUUCCGAAGAGAUCGCUCUAGUACUCUCACACUGCUCCGAUAACCACCACCUCCUCUUCCACCACGACGCCACCCUAGGCUUCCACCGCAAUCCGCCGCACCAGCCGCCGCCUCAAAACCACCGCCCUAACCACCAUACCGCCACACACAGCUCCGGCAACAACAAUAACAAUGACAAAACCACUCGAGAGCUCACCGGCUUCAUCGAGCAUCAAAAUCGCCACUAUGAACAUCACGCCGGUGCCGAAUUCCGCCGGAGCUUGCCGGAAUCUGCUCCGCCGUACCACCGUGGCGUCCACGAGUGGGAGGUUAGAAGCGGUAGGAGUUCCAGCUCACCUAGCGGUGAUGGAUCGGAGAGUGACGAUGAUGACGUCGACGAUAUGGAUGAUGACGUCAGCGGUGAGAAAAAUGGUGAUGUGAAAAUGAGGCAUGGUUCGGUUAGGGAAGUGAUGAAGGAAGGGAGUGUUAGUAUGUCAGGAAAUGAUAUGAAUGAUGUGAGAUCAAGUUCAGUUGAGAAUCAUCAGCAAGGGCAAAUAUGUCGGUAUCAAAAUGCUAUAACGGUUGCGGAUCCGAAUGGUGAAUUGUACUACUCGCAGUUGUUUAAUGGAGUGGAGGGUUCGGGUGCAGGGUUUAAAGAUAUGUUGGUUGAGAAUGGGUGCGGGUUUAGUGGACGAAAGAGUGGUUCAUAUUCGGGUGGAUCAGGGGAGUCAUUAAGGACGAUACUCUCGGAUCCUUUAACAGGAGCUCUCAUGGAUGAUGCGAUGAUAUUACCUUGUGGGCAUUCUUUUGGUAGCAGUGGAAUGCAGCAUGUUAUGAGGGUGAAAGCAUGCUACACUUGUUCGCAACCUCUAUCAGAAAGCUCAGUUGCUCCAAAUUUAUCUCUGCGAUCUGCUGUUCAUGCGUUUCUUAGGGAAGAAGAGUUGCAAAGAAAUCGCGCGACUAAAAGAAGAAACAAAUUAGAUCAGGAUAGAAGUAAUUAUGGCGAUGUAUCAUAUGCGGAACAAAUCAGAGGCCGGGGCGUUCAAUUUCCAUUUUGUGUGUCUGAACGCGUUAUUAUCAAGGGUAAUAAAAGAACACCUCCUCGUUUUGUUGGUCGUGAAGCCAUUGUAACAACUCAAUGCCUAAACGGAUGGUAUGUUGUGAAGACACUUGAUAAUGCAGAGAGUGUUAAAUUGCAAUACCGGUCUCUAGCCAAAAUCCGAGAUUCUCAGCCCUCAACUGUAGCUCCAGCUAAGAUAGUAACACCCAACUGGCUGUAGCCUUGGCGGGUAUAUAUGGUAAUAUCGGUCACUACAGUUGUGGUGUUUGUAUAUUCGUAACCCGGUUCUAAAAAAUGUAGAAAAUUUUCAUAUAACUAUACGAUUUUGUGAGAGGUAAUAUCGGGUUGAAGCAUUUUACCUUGAGUUCUUAAUCAGCAGCUCUAAUUGUAAAAUAUAAUUAUCAUAUAUAAUUUCUAAUAAAAGUCUCACCAUCUUUGCAAA